AUGAAUGAUUCAACCGCUACUUCAACAACAUCAAUCGAUGAAGCUGAUACAGAACAGAAGGAGCAGCUUAUGACUUUGAAGCACUUCACAGCAGAGUUAUGGGGGCUGCGAGAAGGCCUUCUUCUUUGCUGCAAUUUAAACAUUGAAGCCCUUGUUGUUGAAUUGGAUGCUCAAGCCGUGGUGGAAGACUUGAAGAACAAUGCUUAUGUAAAUAACAUUGUCUCUCCCAUAUUGGAUGAUUACAGACACUUGGCAGCGCGCUUCCAGCAAAUCCAGUUUAAACAUUGCUAUCGUCAAGCCAACCGGUGUGCAGAUUUGCUUGCUAGAAUGGGUGCUGUUCAGGAAAGUGAUUUUAUUUCCUUUGUUAGUCCACUUGUGGACAUUUGCAAUGUUUUUGAGGAAGACUUGAAUGGUGUAUAUUUUAAUAGGAUGUGCACUGAACCUAUUGUAUUUGUUUAG